AUGGACCAACAAAGAAUCUUCUCUCCCUUCAAUGGGAUAAGCAAUAUUGGGUCAAGGACCAAAAGGAUUGGGGUCAUCCUUGAAGAACACAACUUUUCUUGUGGCUUCUUCUGUAAAGGAAGUUGUAAAUCUUACCUCUUUGCCAUUCUUCUCAAUCAAUAUGAUCUGAGAUCAAAGCCAAGUGAUAACUACAAUCAGAGGAACCCUGGCUAUCUGGCUCCAGAAUCGCUGGGCUCAAUUAUCAACGAAAAAGGGGUGAAGCCCCUGAACGAACGGGGGUCCGGGGGCAGCGCCCCUGGGAGCGGGGUCCAAGGGGCGGCAGCCCCUGGCGGGGUCCAAGGGGCAGAGCCCCUGGCUGGGAUCGAGCUGAUUUUCCAGAUAAUUGACCAUUGCAAAUCUCGAUCCCUCCAGUUCGUAUCUCACCGGCCGAAGGAAAAGACCGACCAACUUGACACCGACCACCACCUCCCUCCGCCCUCUUCUGUCGAGUCACUCCAGCAAUCACCGAUGCCACUUUUUCCCUCCUUUGUCUUCGCCGGUAGAAGACCAAACAAAAGCAUUAGAGGCUACCGGAGCUCCUCCCUCUGCCACCCACUGCCUCUUUCCCAUCGAGAAACACCACCACCACCAACGAUGCAUGAAGGAGUCGAUUUUUCUGGCGGUUCAAGCCUUCAAUCGGGGUUGUGGGGGUUGAGAAGGGUAGCAACAGCCGGAGAGGGUGCUUCUGGUGGUGUUUCUCAGCAGAAGGCGGAAGGGAAGGGGAUAUGGAGGUGGCAGCAGUGGGGAACUGGGAAAACAUCACCGGUGAUUCUAGUUCUUUGA